AUGAGCAAUGUUCCUAUGCUAAAUGAGUGCGGAGCAUGUAAAAUGAAAUUCGAAAAUGCAGCUUAACUUGCAAACCACGUUAAAAAAUUUUGUUCUAAUAGUGAUUAUAAUAACCUCGAUAAGCUUAAUAAAAAAUAUAAUGAAUUGAGACAGGGGAAUGGAUCAUUGAAUUAAAAUUUAGACUAAAAAGAUCAAUAAGCUUUAAAUAUUGGACCGUUAACAAUUUCACAAGCUAAAGGAUUGAUGAAAACAUAGGAUCCAUAAUUUAAAGAAUUAGAACGUGUUGCAUAAAAAAAAAGAGAAGAAGAACUAGAAGAAUAACUAUUAAAAUAUAAAUAAGAUAGAUAAGCCUUUAGAGCUUAGUAAAGAGAGGAUGAAGAAGCGUUGUCUUCACUAUAUAACAAAUACGAAUCUAAAAAAGAUCUUGAACUGCAGCAAAAGGUAGAAAAAGAAUAUAUUUAAAAUUCUCUUAAUGAUCCUAAAUUGAAUAUUCUUUAAAGAUAAAAUCUUGAGCAACUUUAAAAAUAAAGAGAAAAUUUAUUAAUGAAAUAAACUUAGUUAGUAGAUAAUGUUAGCUAAAUGAGAGGGAGCACACCAAAUAUGAUGGGACAAAGAAACUAUUAAGAUUUAGCAAUUUAAGAAAAGAGUGACAAGCUUAAGCAAUUAAGAUAAUAAUAAGAGGACCUUGAAAGGGAAAGGUUGAAAAUAAUGUCAAACGUAGAUAAAGCUAAAGCAAAUGAUUAUAAUAACUUACCUAAAUCUUAACUUAGCAAAGCAGGAGCAAGUUUAGUCGGCUUCAACAAUAAUCCUCAAUAACAUUAAUUUUAGCAAGAAAUUUACAACAGACCUUUAUCAAAACAUAAUAACUAUGAUAAUAAUUAAUAAUAAAACUUUAAUCAGUAAUAAUAAUACAAUCCGUACUAACUGAGAACUUAGUCAAGGGAUCAAAUCAUUGAGUAAGAGAAAUAAAAAGAUUGGAAAACUCAUUCUUAAAAGAUGUUAGAUGAUUUAGCUAAAGCUAGAACAGAUUAUUUAAAAGCUGGUGGCAAAGAUCCUAAAAUUAUAUAAAAUUUUGAUAACUUGGAAAAAUUUUAUUUAAAUCCAAGGCUUAAAUCAGCUAAUAGGAUAAACAGUUCUUUUGACAUUUAAUCUGUUUCUCCAGCAACUAACAAUAUUCAAAAUGUGAACAAAGCUAAUUUACCUGAUAUGUAAAUGCAAAAUUAAAUGGCAUAAAUGGUUUAACAACUAUAAUAAUAAGUACUUGCUCUUUAAAAAGAAUCUUAGUUUUCAAGAGUGCUAUUACAAUAAGAGUAAGAGUAAAUGAGGUUAAAAUAAGAGUUAGAAGCUCUAUAAAAAGGAUCAUAACCUAUUAUUAAUCAAUAAAUAAUACCAAAUGAGCAGGCUGUACAUCCUUUUAAUAAUCCUGUCAUGUUUGGAAAAAAUGGUGAUCCUAUAGUCUUAAAUAAUUAAAAUAAUUUUACUCUUUCUUAGAUUAACAGUAAAUUGCAUGGAUUUUCUGAGCAUGGAGAAAACCCAUUCUCCAUUUUUACCCCUCAGUAAGAAUUUCUACUGCAAAAUGAAGUAAGAACUGUAGACUUAGACGAGGAAGAAAGAAUUUUAGCAAAUUUAUAGAAAGAAGAGGUUGAUCAGCUAAGAAUAUUAAGUCGUAUUCCUGUAGGAACAGAACUAUAUAGAUUUAAGAUGGAAUAGUAUAAAGAACUCAGCACGGUAAAAGCAGAAAUGGAGAAAAUAGCUAAUGAAUAAAAACUGCAAAGGUUAAGAAUGGAAUUUGAAUAUUAAAGAAGAGAAGAAGACCGCUAAUUUGAUAAUGAAAAAUGGAAUGAUGAUUAAAGAAAGUGGAUUCUUGCAUAAAGAAUAAGAAAAGAUCUAGGUCCUAUAGGUGGUAUAAAAUAAUAUGAUUAAAAUGAUGGAUUAGUCGUUCAUUGGGAUUAUAUACUUGGGCUUCCUAAAAGAACUAAUUUCUCCCAAGUAGUAUUUGGAAUAUUUAAUAGAAGCGACACAUUAUAUUCCCCUAAAAUAGUUGAUCCUAAAGAAUGCGAAGUUGAGAGUUCUGAAACUGUCAGAUGCAUUAUUGGAGAUUCUCACUAAAUAUUCGAUAUUCCACCAAAUCCUGAUGCAUUAUUGAUAAUGGAAGUAUAAAUACCUUAUUCUAAGAAGUAAGGAGAAAAUGUUAACAAAACAGAAAGCUAUGGCUGGACUCAACUUGAUUUAUUUGAUUUAAAGAGAGAGCUAAAGAGAGGAAAAUUCAAAUGUCCUUUGUAUUAUCCUCCAACUGACUAAGCUAUUACAGUAUAAGAAAUUAAAUAAUUGGAACCUAUACCUGGUGCUUGGAUUUACUUAAGGAUAGCAUAUCCUAACGAUGAUGAUUUUAGUAAAUAGCGUUCAAGAUAUCCUGAUCACACUAUGCAUGAAUAUAUAAUACCUCAAAUUCACUUAAGAAAUGAGUUAGGUGCUAGGACAGCUGUUUAAAGAGCUCCUGUUAUGCCAAAAAAUCCAAAUUAAUCUUAUUUACCUAAUAUGUCAUAUAAUUAAUAAGAUAACUCUUAAUAGAUGCAAGAUAUAACGAUGCAAAGUUAACCUGUUUAUGAAUAACCUCCUGAUGAUGGAUUAAGAAGAGGAUUAUCUGUUUCUGUUUUAAAUGUAGCUAACUAUUAAGCAACAUCUAAUAUUAAAGUAAAUGCAGCUCUACUUUAAUAUAACAAACCUGUAUAUGAUGACUAGAAUAAUAUUUGCAGUUUCACUACAUCAGUUCAUAAUCCUUAUUCAGAAGAAAGAAUGGAUGAUUUACCUCUAAACACUGUUAUUCCGUUACAAAAAUAAAUCCAAAAGGGAGACUUUAUGAAUAACAAAUAAUUUGGAGAAAUUAUUAAAUGGCAUGAACAAUAUGAAUUUUUAAAAAAUAUUCCAUAACUUUUUUGGUCAAACGAUAGAAAAGAUCUUUAUGUAGGUAUUUAAGUUCUAGAAAAAGAAAAACCUAAAAAUAUUUAAGAUUAAAAUGAUAAAAAUUCACAUGAAGGAGUAUACAGUACAACAGGAUGGAAUUUUAUAAAAGUAAAUAGGCCAGAUGGAUCAAUUAAAUCAGGUAUUUAUACUGUAGAUUUAUACAAAGGUACCCCAUAAAGGACGCCUAUAAACGAAGAGAACCUCUAAAAGACUGGCAAAACAGCUACAGUUGUAAUAUAAGAGAUCAUUUAUGAUGAUUCUAGAUUUAGAAAAACACCUACAAAAGCAAAAGAUAAACCAAGACCUACAGCAGAAUAAACAUCCAAAGUUUAUGAUGAAAUAGAUAAUGCUGCAUUUAUUUAAAAUAUUAAGCCUUAAUACAAGACUAAAACUUUCUAAAAGAGAAUGGGUAUUGAUUUCUAUAUUGACGCUUUGAGGUACCUACCUGAUAAAGUUACUGUCUCAAAAAUUUUUAUGGAGGUCUUUAAUAUAAAUUACGAAGUUAUUUUUGAGGCACAAACCUGCUUACCUGAUAACAACUCAUUUUCAUAUAAUCCUACAUAUAAUUUUAGGAGAGAGUUAAGAAAGGAUCAUAUUGACCCAACUUCAAUAGCCUUAAUGACUAUUGUUACUCAUGAUAAGGCAACUAAUGCAAACAGAAUUGUUGGAUUUGCUGCUAUACCAUUAUUUAUUACAACAGGAAAAGAACCAUAAUUUCCAAAAGAUUAAAAUUUAUCUGAUGUAUUUUUAUUCAGUGGAUCUUAUUAAUUACCUUUGAUUUCUUAACAAGUAAAGAGGACAGUUCCCUUCACAAUAGAAAAAUUGUAUGAAUUAGAAAAACUACCUUGUGCCUCCAUAUUAGUUAGAAUAUAUGCUGCUCCUAUGGAUGAUCAAGGUUUACGUGCGCUUUCUAUUGCUGAUUUCACAGAUUAGAAAGUUUGGCUUUAAAAAGGUUUAUUUCACCCAAGGCCUAUUUAUGGCAAAAAGGUUUACAACACAUCGUUGUAUAAAGCAACAGAUGCCGAGAUAGAUCUAUUUCCAUUUAGAGCAUAAAGGUUUGAGGAUAGUAUUAGAGAAUCAGCUUAUCUAAUUGCAAAAGGGUUAAACAUAAAUAAAAAAUUUUCAGAUGCUGAGCUCACAAAUUUCUUAGAUGAAUAAAUUGCUUUAACUGAUGAUAAUUAUAUGAUGGAUAUGAUGUAUUUUGCUAAAUAUUCUCAAAAAGCUGGUGUAAAGUUUAUUAUAGAUGGCUUGCAUUAAGUACCAAAUGAAAAUUAACUAUAUGUUGCCUUCUUUUCUAUAAAUCCUCCUUUUGGUGGCUUUUAUCCAUAUCUUCCAAGUGGUAACGAAUCUGAUGAAGAUGAUCCAGAAGACGCCGAAAAUCCAGAAUUCAGAGUUUAUUUAUAAAAAAAAUAAGACUUGAAAAAUUAACUGGAAAUGCAACAACAAAAUGUUUAAAAUACAGAAAGAUCUAACUAAGGAGGAUAUAAUUUCCUUCAACCAGAUACCUCUGAAGUAAAUCUAAGUUCUGUAUAUUUUUGGGAAUCUGCUGCAGGAAGUCCUUAAUUUAACAAUAAUUGGGCUACAUUUAACAAAGAAUUUAAUCGUUAUCAAGUUGUAGUUGUAGAUGUAAAAAGCAUCUCAUUCAAGAGUGUUGAUCCUAAAUUUGAAGAUGUAGGAUGGACUAUAGUACCACUAUUUUCUUAUGAUGGGUAUGUAAAUUCAGGAAUAUUUUAAAUUCCACUCAUUAAAGGACCUGUUAAUCCACAAUUCUUGUACUACCUGAGAAAGAAGAAUAAAAGAAAAUAUUAAAAUGACAACAGAAGAGAUAGAAGAUAACCUUGGGAACUCUUGAUGGAUAAAAUGGCAGAAAAGAGAAGUGGAUUAAGAAUGUUAGAAUUUACAUCUAUAAUUUGUAGAGUAUUAGAUUCAUAAAGAUAGGGUCAUUUUAAUGUUAAAUUUGAUACUGAUAGAAUGAACUACUAAUAUUUACCAUAAGACAAAAAGACUAAAUACUCUUAUAAUGAAGCAGUUGCUUUAAAAUUGAAAGAAAAAAAGAAGCUUUCUGCUAAUAUUCCAAAUAAAGAAAAUCCUGCAAACUUCAAUAAAAAAAUUACAGAUGCUUGCAUAUAAGGAUUUAAUUUAGUCAAAUAUUUGUGA